AAGAUGAAGUAUCGUCGUGCAGACGUCCCCACUUUAAAUCUUUCCUCUACUCAGUCGACAGGGAAGCAGAAAGUUCAGAACUCUCACUAACUUUGAGGCGAUGGCGGGGCGAGUUUGUGUGGAGGUUUACAGACUGUCCGUGUUUACACAAAUACUGACUUUAUCUGUCGGCCAGAACUUACACAUGAAAAACAUUGCACUUCACAAACCUUGCAACAUCAGCUCACGGCACGUGACCCUGGCCCACAGUAUAACAGGAGAUUGCUCAGCAGUCAUUAAUGGAGACACGGAGACUGUCUUAAAUACAGAGAGCAAUCCAACCAACUGCAUCAACACCAAACUUACAGACAACUCACCCUUCUGGUGGGUGGAUCUUGGGCAGGAGUUCAUCAUCAACAAGAUCUCAAUAUAUGGCCGUACUGAUUAUAUUAUCAGAAUGAUCUGCGUCAACGUUUCUCUGAACGGAAAUGUAAUCAAAAGAUUCACUGAUACAAACGGGUGGACAGAUGAUAAAUAUGACAUCACCGUAGGCCGUAGUGGGCGAGUGGUCAACAUCACCAAAGACUGUGACAGCAGCGAUUUUGUCAUAAACCUUUGUCAGGUACAGGUGAUGGUGUGUGAGGACGGUUGGUAUGGAGACAACUGUACAGAAGAGUGUGGUUACUGUGCCGGUGACUUUGUCUGUGAUAAAAGGAAUGGUGGCUGUACGUCCUGCCAGACAGGCUUCCAGUUGCCAAUGUGUAAAGAAUGCAGUACUGGGUAUUACAGUAAGAACUGUAGUGAGCAGAAUGGACCAUGUCUUAACACCACAUGUGAACCUGAUAAUGUCACGUGCUCCUCUAGCUGCUCACAGGGCUACGGAGAGGGUCUGUGUAGUGUGUUGAUGCCUUUUCAACGCAGUAAUGCUGCUGUCGUUACAAUCGUUUGUCCUGCCGUUGGUGCGAUUGUUGCAGUAUUCGUUGUAGUGAUCGUCGUUCUGUCGUUAAGAUGUUGGAUGAAAAAACGAUCUCACCACUCUUCAGAAGCAUUCCCUUUAACUUUUGAUUCCUCCACUGCCAAGGCUUGUUCGGGGAAUAAUCCAGAAAACACAUCGGGUUUCGUCAAGCCUGAUGACAGUGUCAACAUCUACGAUAAUUUCCAAUCUCGUGCUGUCGACGACGGUACAGCCACCUACACGUGUCUCAGAUACCACAUCGACUGGAAAGAAACUGAAACAGAUAGUGUUUAUUCUAAGGAAAAGAGGACCUGAAUAAUACAUCAAAGAAAUUUGGUACAUCAAUAAUUUUAAAGCAACCGUGCGAUAAUGUUAGUCGAGUAAUUACUUUGCAUUAAAGUGUAGGUAAUUAUUCUGAAUAUGAAGAAAUUGGAACAAAAAAAAUAACACUGAUUUUAUGUUUAAGUUGGCGUCAAUUUUCGUUUAUAAAACGUGUUUCUAAUGUUUUAUGCCAUAGAUGUUUUGUUGGACAAUAAAACAUAGUGUUUAAAGU